AUGCCUCAGUCAAAUAACGGCCGAUUUGACAACUGGUGGAAGGAUGUCGGCCUGCUGAAAUUGAUUUUCUGGCAAGCAUGUAUCCUAGCAUGCCAGAUGGUCACAGGAUACGACGAGGUUGUUGUUGGUAGCUUCCAAUCAAUGCAGCCGUGGAAAGAGGCCAUGAACCAUCCGAGCUCAUCUCGUCUUGGCCUCAUCACCACCGUCGUCUUUAUUGGAGGAUUUGUUGGAUCUUUCAUCGCCCCGCCAACCUCUGACUUCUGUGGUAGAAGGAUCAGCAUGGCUGUUGGCUCAGCCAUCACUCUUUGUGGAACCAUACUGCAGACUGCGGCCCAAAACUCCAAUAUGUUCAUGGGUGGAAGAUUCCUCGUCGGUUUGGGUAUCAGCUUUACUUGUGUGGCUGGUCCUUCGUUGCUCUUUGAGCUGGCGCGUCCCUCCAUGCGAGCAACAAUGGCUUCAACGGUAAGCAGGCAUACAGACACAAGUUGGCAAACAGUUCUCUGCGGCCUGCCCGAGUCUCCAAGAUGGCUUUAUGCUCGUGGAAGAGCAGAAGAAGCCCGUGCUAUUCUUGCCCAAUACCAUGCACACAACGACCUCGAUGCAGAGAUCGUUGAACAGCAGUUGAAGGACAUUCAAGCCACGCUUGAACUUGAAAAUUUUGCUAAAUCUGCUGGUUUUAGUACCCUCUUGACCAAGAAAGCAAAUCGCAAGCGUAUGACGGUUGUCAUUGCGAUGGCACUGAUUUCACUCUGGAAUGGACAAGGAGUCAUUUCCUAUUACUUCUCACCCAUCCUGGACAGUGUUGGUAUCAAGGACACUACCUCUCAGACAGGUAUCAACGGUGGCUUACAGAUCUGGAACUUACUCUGCUCCAUUAUAGGUGUGAUUCUCGCAAGCAAGAUUGGUCGCCGACCGCUAUGGUUCAUCUCAUAUAUCGGAAUGAUCCUUGCCAACGUGCCGAUAACCGUGGCAAGUGCCAUGUAUGCAAAGCACGACUCCAAGCCGGCGGCUUACGUGGUUGUCGUGUUCCUCUUUCUCUACGACGCCGCUUUCAAUCUGGCCAACAACCCUCUUCUGUAUAGCUACCCAACAGAGAUCUUACCCUUUGCGAUCAGAUCACGUGGUCUUGGAGUCAUGGUGGCAGUCUCUCAGGCCGCGUUGACGGUCAACCAAUACGUCAAUCCUAUUGCCCUCGAGCACAUCGGCUUCUACUACUAUAUCUUCUAUCUCGGCAUGCUCAUUCUCGCCGUAAGUAACAAAAAGCUAAACUCGAGGUACAUGCUCAACCCAACUAACAACGACAGAUUANUAACCAUCUAUCUUAUAUUUCCUGAGACAAAGAACCUUUCAGAAGAAGAACUUGUCCUGCUGUUUGAAGACAAAGACGAUAUGGUGGUGCAGGGGCUCGAGGCAGGAGAGAGUGAGACUAAGAAUGCUCUGGACGUCGCGGACAAGAAGCCUGAGUUCUCAGUAGAAAUCGUCAAGCCGGGACUGCAGAGCUCGUGA